AUGCGUCCUUUUCCAUCCCCAAACCAGAGAGACUACUGUGUGUCUAGCUUGCUCAAAAAAACUGUCCGACGCGGCGCUCUGCAGAAAAUCGCGCGUGUCUGCACCGGAUCUCCCAGCAGACGAAGCGACCUCUUGACCUGCUGUUCUGGCUGCCCUCCCCCCCCAUCGCAGCCACGCUAUCCAAGUCCCCCCCACCAUCCCACCGCCAAUCACACGCCCGUCCAGCGCCAGGCGGGCGAGGGGAGCGCUAAGCCCAUUCUCCAGCAAUUGAAGAAAUCGCAGGGCAGUGCGACGACAGCCAGCAUCGCGCCGCCCGCUGUUUCCAAGUCUCCUUCACUCUCCCUCCCUCUACCGCUCCCUCUGGCUCGUUUGCUGCCCGCAGCCCGCUCAGGCCCGCUCUCCCUGCCCCCCAUCCCGUGA